AUGACUGAUGCUAAACCUUCUGUUGUCCCUCUUGCUUCUAAUUUCAUUUUAUCUAAAGAGCAAUGCCCAAAAUCUGAAAAUAAUGUGAAAUACAUGCCGAAUGUUCCUUAUACUAGUGCUGUAGGUUCUAUUAUGUACUUGAUGGUGUGCACUAGGCCUGAUUUAGCGUAUUCUAUUAGUUGUUUGAGUAGAUGCAUGGCUAAUCCGGGUGUGGAACAUUGGAAUGCGUUAAAGUGUGUGUUUAAAUACUUGGUUGAUACUAUUGAAAUUGGUUUAGUAUUUGGUAAACACACUAGUGAGUUAAAACUGAAUGGCUAUGUGGAUUCUAAUUAUGCGAAUGAUAGAGACUCUAGGAAGUCAACUACGUCGUAUAUCUUUACUUUGUGUGGUUCUUGUGUUAGUUGGAAAUCCCAACUACAACAUAUAGUUGCUCUUUCUACGACAGAAUCGGAAUAUGUGGCCAUAACUGAAGCAUUGAAGGAAGCUUUCCCGACGAACGCGAUCGACCUAUCCGUGGCAUUCCGGCAAGUUUGGCCAUCGGAACUUGAAGUUCAUCGACCGUGGUUGUAUUACAGCUUAUUCUAA